AUGGCUGAUGGCCAACAAGCACUGGUUGAGACUCAGGAUGCUCAGGUUGCUGCGGCGCUUGCGGAGGACAGCACUUGCGUCAAGUGUGGAUGCAAGAUCGUUGACUUUGACAGUCACAGCUUCCAAUGCCGUCAGUGCUGGAACGUGCACCAGAUCAUGUACCGCCACCUUGGAGGAACUCCUCCCAGUCUGCAAUCGAUGCAAGCUGAGGAGCAGAAAAAAUUUUUCAAGGAUGUGGGAAAGCAGCUGAAAGUGACUCCCAAGAAUGCCAGGUGGUCACUUGUUCGAGCUGCCAUGGUCAAGAGCAUCACGCAUUACAAGAAGGAAGAACAGGUGAAUCGCGUCCAGCGCAAGUACUUGCCCUUGUCAGUGCUGGAGAGAAAGGGAUACGACGUGGAAGCUAUCAAGCAGCAUGGAGAUCGACGUGACGACGAGGUCUUCGGAGAAGUUUUUGCAGCACCAAUUCUCACGAUUUCGAAUGAGGAGAUUCGAGGUCAAGUCGAAGAAGAAUUGGCACAGAAGGAGUGGCAACUCAAAAACAAGAAAAAAACUGCGAAUGUGAAGCGGUCGGCUGCUGUAGCCAAUCAGGCUGGCGAUGAUGUCAUUCCUGUUGAAGAUGAAGUCUGGGAAAUUCCAUCUGAUGAUGAGCAAACACGUGAACCUUUGAGCAAAGCCCCUAAGAAAGGGAACAACAAGGAGGAAGAGCAGGCGGUGAAGGACGCCUUGAAGCAGGAGAAAUUGCAGGAGUCAGCAUGGCGCAAGGAGACCGGCAAGGCUACUCGUGUCAUUGCAUCGUUGACUUCCGUUACCCAGAGCUUGGCCAAUGCCAAGGUCCGCACUGGCAACAAUGCCGAGCUCUUCGAUGACUCUGUGCUGAAUGGCAUCACAGAAGCCUUCACGAAGCUCAAAGAUUUGAAAGAUCGUGCCACUGUCUUGAUCAGUGCGACUGCGCAGCAAAAGCUGGCAGGGAUGCCUGAGCCCUUUGUGGAGGUUGCUACAGCGCAAGCCGAUGUGAAGGCCGCGCAGCAAGUGCUCGCUGAUGUGCGCAAAGUCUUCAGUGACCGUUCCAAGGCCCAGAAGGCCGCCCGUGGAGCUGCUGGCAAAGCCAAAGCCAAAGCUUCGACGAAGAGGAGUGCCAAGGCCAAGGAGAAGAUCCGCAAGGGGCUCGCAGUUUCGGGCGCUUCGGAGAGGGCGAUCAACGAUCUGUGGAAUCUGUGGCAAGACGAUGACACAGGUCGAGUCGGCCACGCUCAGUUUACUCGCAUAGUCCAAGAGAAUUUGGCACCUUGGCAGGCUAUUGUGAAGCCCAUCAAGUUCGAGAUGCUUGAAGGGGAGCAUGUGAGAGUGCCGAUCUGUCAAGUGCGGCCAGUUGUCUUGAAGUUGUGUGAAGAGGCCCCUGCCUUUCGACAUGCGUUGGGGAAAGCUUUACAGCACAACGGAUGUUUGACGCCUGUCUUCUAUUCAGAUGAAUGUACUGCAGGCAACGUUCUUUCAAAUGAGAAACAGAAGAAAGCGGUUCUCUGGUAUAUGUCGUGGCUGGAAUGCUUUCAUCUCCUCAAGGUCCCCAAAAUGUGGAUUUGCAUGGCUGCAGUACAAACGCAAUGUGUGCAAGAAAUGGUGGGCGGAACUUCCGCAGUGAUGACAGCUAUCUUGGCUGAAAAUGUGUCGGAAGAGCUUCAGCGAGGCUUUGCAUUGCCUGGGGGCAUGCAGUUUAAGCAAUCCUUAAAAGCUUUCUACGUUGCUGACAUGGAUGCCAUCCGAGGCACAUAUUCUGUGAAGGGAUCCGCUGGUCUUCGACCGUGUAUCCUCUGUGACGUUCUCAAAAAGGAUUCUGGGCUGCUGGAGCACGAUGCCUCCUAUCUCGACAUCAGCGCUCCAUCUGGAUUCAAAUUGAGCUCCGAUGCCGCGAUUUUUCGAGAAUGUGAUAGAAUGAAACAUUGCAGGACCAGGGCACAAUUGGAAAUGCAUGAAAAGGCGACAGGCAUUGUAUAUGAUGACGCAACAUUGAUGUUUUCUGUGUCAGAACGAAGGAAAAUGCCGCCUUCGCGGAUCAUCGCCGACUUCAUGCAUGUGUAUCUCUGUAACGGAGUCGCCAGCUGGGAAGUAGCACUGAUGUUGGAAACGGUUUACUCCCGGACAUCCUUGACAUUAGACAUCUUGCAAGCGGCAGCUGUUUCAGACGCCUGGCAGGCUUCAAAAGGUGCAAAGAAAACUCCUUCGUAUCUCAAGCACCUAUUUUCUCACAAAAACUUUGGCGAAGGAAUUUACAAAGGAGAAGGUCAUCAAACACGUGCUAUUCUUCCCUUGCUUCGCUUUUACUUAGAAACCAUGAUGGAACCUGCAGGUUCAUUGCCGGUUGCCUGCUGCAAAAGUUUCAAAGUCCUUUGCGACAUCAUUGCUUACGUGCGACACAUUGCACAUAGUUUUCACAGGGUGGACAGCAAAUCCAUGGACCACCUGGAUGCAUUGCAGAAGACGCACCACAAGCACUUUGGGAUGGCAUAUGAGAAUGGGUUCAAACCCAAGCACCACCACCGACUGCACAUUCCUAGCCAAUGGUUGAGAGCAGGUGUCAUCAUCAGCUGCGAGCCUCUCGAAACGAAGCAUCAAGUUUACAAAGAUGGUUUGGCUGAUAGACAGAAGGGAAAGGUGAGAAACUUCGAGGGAUUUUCCGCGGCAGUCUUGCCCAGGAUGUUGCAAAGGAGUCUCGACACGAUCCUCAAGGCUGGCCUUCCCUUUUGGGAGCUGUUGCCGCCAAUCCACGAGGCCGACCUGGAUGACAAGAUCUUUUUUGCCGCGGCAAGUCUACAGACAAGCCUUCGUUGCCACCUUCUUGCAAGUGAACUUUCCCAAAGUGAUGUGGUGUGUUGGAAGCGUGAGGCUGGCAUUGUUCGAAGAUUUUUCCAUCACCCUGAACGUGGUCUCUAUGUGCGCUACACCAAGUUGACCAUUGUGGCCACUUGGUCAUAUGAGGACCAAGACCGGCUUGAAGCAUGCCGCGAAUUUUGUCGCAGUGUUUGCAGCCUGUUCGGGUUGGUGGAGCAGACCAAGCCCUUGGCACAGCUGUGGGUCCUCAUCACGAUGAUCGAAUGCAAACUUGGUGGUUGCAGCGGUGCCGAUAUUACCGAAUCUGGCAUGGCACCGCCAAAGACGUGGGCACCGUGGGAGGACUGGAACAAGUUGAAUUACUACCAGCGCAUUGCUUUCUUGAAGGAGAUCCACAUCAUGCAGAAUGUCUUGCCACGGUUGCAGGAUCAUGCUCCAGAACUUUUCAAUGAUGUCUUGACGCUUAGCAAAGAAAUCAGAAGCAUGAUUUCCGAAUCUUGA